AUGACCACUUUCAGUGAUAGUAUCAAUCUUGUUGGAAUGUUUGACCUGGGAUUCAAGGGACGUGCUUUCACCUGCAAAAGGGGACACCUUUGGGAAAUACUUGAUAAGAUUCUAGUUAAUGACCUUUGGUUCUCCCACUUCCUACUCACAUUUGUAACCCAUCUUAACAUUGCUGGCUCUGAUCAUAGGCCUCUCCAUAUCACCAUCACUUCCCCUUUUUCCUCUAAACAGCCCCCUUCCCCUCCCCCUUUUAGACAUCUUAACAUGUGGUCCACACAUCUCUCAUUCCUUAGAAUUGUUUCUAACCAUUGGAAAGGUGUCUCCCAUCUUGAGCCCCUGGUCAAACUUAGUCUGCUGCAAGUAAAAACUGGGCAGGCUCUUAGGAAAUGGAGUUGGGAAGCUUUUGGUGAUGUUCUAAAAAAUGUGGCCUCAACUGAGAAAAAAGUAAAAAGGCUUGAAUUGGGAGCUCAAAAUGGGACUGUGGAGGAAAAAGCACAUCUAACUGCACAGAAUAACCUACUUACUGCUAUUGAAUACCAGCAUCAGUUCUUGAAACAAAAUGCUUCCUUUAAUAUCUUUACUGAAGGGGAUAGAAACACCAAAUUCUAUCAUGCAUAUAUUAAAUACAAAAGGAAGUGUAAUAUAAUACGCUCUAUUCAAAAUGCUGAGGGGAUAUGGCUUCAUGACAAAACUGCAAUUGUCAGGGAUACCACUACUUAUUAUCAAAAUUUACUGAAUCAAGUCCCAACUACCAGGCCCCCAAUUGACAGGCACCACUUCUCUGAAAAGCUGAUCUACACCAAAAAUCAUAGACUCACUGAUCUCCCUGAUGAAAAGGAAAACUGGGUGGCAUUAAAGACUAUUGACAAUUCUAAGACUGCAGAGCCUGAUGGAUUCACUACAGAUUUCUAUAAAAAAUCCUGGAAAAUCAUCAAAACUGAUGUUAUUGUUGUAGUAUACUGUUUCUUCCAAGCUAGAGGUUUCCAACCUGGUUCUGUAACCUUAUUCACAGAUGGCUUCUUAAUAAUGAACACUCCUCCUUAUCAAUGGGCAAGCUUGCUUGGGGGUCCUUCACUGCUACAAGAGGCUUGA